AUGGCGGACAAAGUAGCUGGAGUGCCCUUGGCCAAGACGGCAGAGCAGACUGUCAACAAUGGCGCAAAGGCUGCGCCCAAAGCAGCAGAGGGCAAUCCCGCCUUUCGCAUGAUGGGUCUCCCCAACAUCAAGGCUAAACUCCCGUCGCGAAACUGGAUGAUCUUCCUUUCUGUUACUGGAUCUUUUGCAGCAGCAGUCUACUACGACAAACGCGAAACUGCCCGUCUCCAACACAAAUACUGCGACAUGGUCGCUCCUUUCUCCGAGAAGAUACUCCCUACGACGACGAUGCCCAGAAAAAUGACCAUCUACCUACAAGCACCUCCAGCAGACGGUCUGAGAAGCGCAAGAGAACAUUUUUACGAAUAUGUGAAGCCCGUCUUGGUGGCAGGAGCCAUGGAUUGGGAUGUUGUCGAAGGCAGAAGAGAGGGAGAUUUGCGCUUUGGAGCUGCCGAGAAGAUCAGAAGAUACAGGCGGAAAGCUGAAGGCGUCCAGGACGACGCUGCUGAGCCCACCAAGGAACAGGUUGUUGCAGAGCAGAGAGAAAGAGUUGGCUGUGUGGAUGAAGAGGGCGUCAAGGGAGAUGUCGUGAUUGGCAGACACGCGUGGAAGGAAUAUCUACGUGGUACACACGAGGGUUGGCUGGGUCCGUUGAAAGAGCCCGUCCAAGUCGAAGAGGUCAACGAGGUCAAGCAGCACAUCGACGGCGCGCCUUCGUUAGGCGAUGCCGCUGUCAAAGCAGCCACCGAUUUGACCAUGAAGGACACGCCCCCUACCGCUUCUUCGGGCUCAUCCACAACCACCGAUUCAAACUCGAUUGUCUUCGACUCAAACGCCGACGACUCNUGCAAACACAACCCCGAAUCCCUUCCGGAACCGCCAAAGGAAGAAGAACCCGUCAAACCGAAACUCACAAAGCCCGAUCCCUAUAUCUACACCUCUGCCUACACCAACGCUCUCUUGCCAUCAUCAACACCUGCGUCCCUCGGUCCAGCUAUCGCCAUCCCCUUCCCUCAUCUGCUGGGCUUCUGGAACUUCCCCAUCCGCAUCUACCGCUUCCUCACCCGUCGCUAUGUCGCCGAUGAAAUCUUCUCUCGCACUGCAGCCGCUGUUCUCGCAUCUCACCGCGAGUUUCAAACCUCCGACAUCGACUAUCUAUCACACGAGGAAAAAGAAUGGCACAAGAGCGUCAGAAAGCCCAAGGCCGACCCCGAGUCAGAAGAAGGCGCUGUUCAACAGGAAAAGAAGGAAAAAUUGUGGUUGGAUGGCGUUGUUGUCGAUGACAGAAUCACCUCGAGAAUGCGUGUCUUCGAGUUGCCCGCCGAUGGCCAACUGCCUGUAUCGAAUCUGGAGCAAAACAACACUCAACAGCCCAGUUGGGCUUAUCAGGGCAGUGCCUCUGCUAACGAGGAGUAG